GUUUCCACAGAAUGAGGUCAAGGAAAAGGACCACCGUAAAGGCCCAUUUAUACCCUACGGUAAUUACGGAAACGGACGCUUUCGUCCGGUUCCGGGGGUUGUUUCAUCCGUCAGUUUGUCCGUUGGUCAAGAGCUUAGCAAUCCGGUGAGCUCCGGACGAAACGGAGCAAUACCAGCGGAAUUCAUGGGGGCAGUAGCGAGUCAGAUGCGUCUUGGCUCCGGAAGUUGUGGAGGAAGAAGAAGAGCAAUGUUUUGGAUAUUUAAAAAUGGCGGCAAUGGAGGAGAAAAUAUGCGAGAUGGUGCGGGGGUACAUACAUCUCUAUGACAGUACGGUGCCUGGACAUAGAGACAAACAACGAUGCCGAAAUAGUUGGGAAGAGAUUGCGACUGCGUUAGGUCUGACGGCAAAAGAGGCACAAGCCAAGUGGAACUUGGCAAGGGACAAAUUUGUCCGAGCACACAGGGAUGCCGUUUCCAAAAGGAGUGGGGAUGCUGCCGGGGGACCUGAACACCCGAUUUUACGCCGACUUGCAUGGUUAAAGGUCCAUAUUAAACACAGGCGGACAUCGUCCAACUUUGACUGUGAAGUGCAUGACGAGGUGCAAAUGGAGGAGCAGCAGGAGGAGGAGGAGGAGGAGGAGGAGGAGGAAGAAGAACAACAACAACAGGAGGAAGGUGGUACUACACCACAGACACCCACACACCGUCCACCCACACCAAGGCCUGCAUCCCACAACACGAGAACACCCAAAAGGAAGAGGGACGACGUUGACCCAGUUGGUGCUGCCCUGCUUGGCAGGCUUGCGGAGCUGCGCCAGGAGUCCCAACAGAGGGAUAUGUUCAGCUCGUUCACCAACUAUCUGAACUCUUUCCUUCAUGACCUCCCACCAGCUGAUGGCAAGAAGCUGGUGAAGGAAAUUCAACAGUUGAUGCUGUCUUACAAUUAAUCCCUUU